AUGGGGUCGAGCGCAUCCAAGCCGGCUGAUAGCCAUGUGUGGAGAGCUCCCGGACCCGUAGGCGUCUCCCACGAUGUCGUGGAAUCCCUUCAAGGAAGCAUAGAGACGGACCGCUCCCGCGCCCAAACCCUCGAGCUCGCCGUGCAAGCCCGCGUAGCCGAAGAGCUCAAGAAGCUGCAAGCCCAAGAAUCAGCGGCGCUCAAAGCAGCGUGUGAAAAGGCCUCCGAAAUCACCAGCGAGGAUGACCCGGCCCAGAAGAGCCAGCCGCUCGUGUCCAAGGAGGUGGAAGCGCUGCGGGCAAGGCUCGACAAGCGGAAACAGCUGCGACAGCUGCCCGACUCGGUGGAGCAGGCGCGCAGCAACGUCGUGGCUUGUCUGCGGGAGCACGACCGGAGACCGCUCGACUGCUGGAGAGAGGUGGAGGCGUUUAAGGAGGAGGUGAGGAGGUUGGAGAAGGGGUGGGUUGAUAAGACUUUGAAGUGA